CAGGAAUUGUCAAAUAACCGGUUUCUCUUUUUACGGCGGAUUUUAAAAUGGGAGUAGUUCUCCGGAACCUCCAGAAGGUGGUGCCUCUUCGCCGCGCCAGACUGCGCAAGGAUGUCGAUACGCUGAGGCACAUACUGGGCAUCCAAAAAUUUGACCUGGGCAUCGUUUGCGUGGAUAACAACAGGAUUCAGCAAAUUAAUAACAUAUACAGAAAGAAAAAUGUGCCAACUGAUGUCCUCUCGUUUCCAUUCUACGAGGACCUGAGGCCUGGUAAACUGCCUUCCCCCCUUCACAGGGACGAGCUCAACCUCGGGGACAUUUUCUUGGGUGUCGAGUUUGUGAUGAAGCAGUGUAAGGAGGAAGCUCUAGACCUGCACGGCACCCUCACUGUUGUCACUGCACAUGGUAUCUGCCACCUGUUGGGCUACAGGCAUGAGACAGAGGAAGAAUGGACUGAGAUGCUGCAGAGGGAACACUACAUUUUAAGCGAGUACAACAGACUCACAGGGAGACAUCUGGAGCCGCUGAUGAAGAGAUGCAGUCAGGACAGGUGACGACCGCCAACCUGCCGGCUUUACUCUCACUAUGGUGCUCGCUACUUACUUUUUUAACCAGGUGGACUACUGUUCUGACUGGAUUUACCGUCACGCUGUCUUCUCCACAACCAAAGGACUCUAAUCAACCGGCAGAGGUACAGCAGUUUGUGGAUAUUAUCUUCAAACACUGGAUGGUAGUGUUGUUACAGUUUCAAACAUCAAAUUAAAAAAAGAAGUCUG